UUAGCCCUUAUACUCAGACUUCGGCGCCUCAAAAAGAUCGUGCACAGGGGGUUCUCCCAUAUUACUUCAAUAGUAAAGGAAACGAAUCUUGGAUUUUUAUUGACAGAUUUAAAGCAGAGAAUUUUGAAUCCUGAGGAUAUUGAGUCCCCAUUUACGUUUGGAUUUAUUAUUUCCGAUAGCUGCGUAUAUUAAAAUUAUACGGUAAUAAAAGAAUUAAAAAAAACUAUCGGAAUGAAGUUGACGGGGAUAUUUUUGCUGUUGAUGCUGUGGCACGCCGAUGGAGCCAGGGUGGCAGAGAGCCGAGACGACAACAGUGUGUACGACCUAUUUGAGCUAGUGCAAGUUAAUAAGAAGAGCCAUGGCGUGAGUCUGGUGAAAGGAGAAGACCCGUACAGUCCCGCUUACAAAAUCCUGAACCCGGACCUUAUUCCCCCAGUCCCCGAGACCCCCUUCAGGGACCUCAUUGAUUCCAUCCAUUCAGAGCGCGGAUUUCUUCUCUUGGCCAACUUCAAGCAGUUCAAGCGGACCAGAGGCAGUAUCUUGACUAUUGAGAAGCAGGACGGGUCCGGACCCAUAUUCGAAAUAGUAUCAAACGGCAAGGCGAACACUCUGGACGUGGUAUACUCCACAGAGAAUAAGCAACAGGUGGUAUCCAUCGAGGAAGCGGACUUAGCAACCGGGCACUGGAAGAACAUCACGCUGUUCGUGCAGGAGGAACGAGCUCAGCUGUACGUGGGAUGUGAAGAAAUAAACACAGCCGAGAUGGACCUGCCCAUCAACAGAAUCUUGACCCAGGAGGUUCCGGGCACUGCACGUCUGCGGAUUGGCAAGGGAGCGGUCAAAGACAGAUUUAUGGGGGUACUUCAAAAUGUGCGCUUUGUUUUUGGAACUACUUUGGACGCGAUUUUACGGAACAAAGGAUGCCAAAGCUCCACUUUGACAGAUACCAUCAUCUUGGAUAUCCCAGUCAAUGGGUCCAGCCCAGCCAUCAGGACUGAUUACAUUGGUCAUAAAACCAAAGAUCUGAUGACGGUUUGCGGGUUUACCUGCGAAGAUCUGGCCAGUAUGUUUAAGGAACUCAAGGGGCUUGGCGUGAUCGUGAAACAGCUGUCCAACGAGCUCCGAAAAGUGACUGAAGACAACAACCUGAUCAGGGACCAGAUCGGAAUCCGCACUGGCGUGUGCCUGCACAACGGCAUCGUACACCAGAACAAGGACGAGUGGACGGUGGACGACUGCACCGAGUGCACAUGCCAGAACUCCGCCACCGUGUGUCGCAAGAUCUCCUGCCCUCUGAUCCCCUGUGCCAACGCCACCGUGACCGACGGCGAGUGCUGCCCGCGAUGCGGAGCCUUGAGCGACUACGCGGAGGACGGCUGGUCCCCGUGGUCUGAGUGGACCCCCUGCUCCGUGACCUGCGGUCGAGGUGUCCAACAGCGCGGUCGAUCCUGCGACCGCAUCAACAACAACUGCGAGGGGACGUCUGUGCAGACGCGCGACUGCUACCUGCAGGAAUGUGACAAGCGCUUCAAACAGGAUGGUGGGUGGAGCCACUGGUCUCCCUGGUCCUCCUGCUCGGUCACCUGCGGCGCUGGCGUCAUCACCAGGAUCCGCCUCUGCAACUCGCCCACGCCCCAGAUGGGCGGAAAGAACUGCCAGGGCGAAGGCCGACAAACCGAGAAGUGCCAAAAAUCGCCCUGCCCCAUCAACGGCAACUGGGGACCCUGGUCUCCGUGGGACACCUGUACUGUCACCUGCGGGGGUGGGGUGCAGGCUCGCAAGCGGCUCUGUAAUGACCCCCCUCCCAAAUACGGCGGCAAAGACUGCGUGGGCAAUGCCAAAGCCACCCAGCUGUGCAACAAGAAGGAUUGUCCUGUUGAUGGCUGUCUGUCUAACCCCUGCUUCCCUGGAGCCAAGUGCACCAGCUUCCCCAAUGGGUCCUGGAAGUGCGGAGCCUGUCCUACGGGCUACAAGGGCAAUGGCAUCAAGUGCAAGGACAUUGAUGAGUGUAAAGAGGUUCCAGAUGCGUGCUUCAUAUUUAACGGGGUCCACCGAUGCGAAAACACAGAUCCUGGAUACAACUGCCUGCCCUGCCCCCCACGUUACUCUGGACCCCAACCCUUCGGCAAGGGGGUUGAGGAGGCCACUGCCAAUAAGCAGGUCUGCACACCGCGGAACCCGUGCGUGGAUGGAAGUCACGACUGCAACAAGAACGCCCGCUGCAACUACCUGGGCCACUUUGCAGACCCCAUGUUCCGGUGUGAGUGCAAACCAGGCUACGCCGGGAACGGGCACAUCUGCGGCGAGGACACCGACCUGGACGGCUGGCCCAACGCCGAUCUGGUGUGCGUGGAGAACGCCACCUACCAUUGCAAGAAGGACAACUGCCCCAACCUGCCCAACUCCGGCCAGGAAGACUACGACAAGGACGGGAUCGGUGAUGCCUGCGAUGACGACGAUGACAACGACGGAAUCCCCGACGACAGGGACAACUGCCAGUUCAUCUUCAACCCCAGACAGUACGACUAUGACCGCGACGACGUUGGCGAUCGCUGUGACAAUUGCCCGUAUAACAGCAACCCUGACCAGACCGACACCGAUCACAAUGGCGAAGGCGACGCUUGUGCCGUGGACAUCGAUGGAGAUGGCAUUCUGAACGAGAAAGAUAAUUGCCCCUAUGUCUACAAUGUGGACCAAAGAGACACAGAUCUGGAUGGUGUUGGGGACCAGUGUGACAACUGCCCCCUUGAGCACAAUCCUGACCAGCUGGACUCUGACUCUGAUCGUGUGGGAGACAAGUGUGACAGUAACCAGGACAUCGAUGAGGACGGCCACCAGAACAACUUGGACAACUGCCCUUACAUCCCUAAUGCCAACCAAGCCGACCAUGACAAGGACGGCAAGGGAGACGCCUGUGACCACGACGAUGACAACGAUGGAAUCCCUGACGACAAAGACAACUGCAGGCUGGCCUUCAACCCAGACCAGCUGGACUCUGAUGGUGAUGGGCGUGGUGAUGCUUGCAAGGACGACUUUGACCAGGACAACGUUCCCGACAUCUACGAUGUGUGCCCUGAGAACUUUGACAUCAGCGAGACGGACUUCCGCAAGUUCCAGAUGGUGCCGCUCGACCCCAAGGGCACAUCCCAGAUCGACCCCAACUGGGUGGUACGGCACCAGGGCAAAGAGCUGGUGCAGACCGUCAACUGUGACCCUGGCAUCGCUGUUGGUUUUGAUGAGUUCAAUUCGGUAGACUUCAGUGGAACGUUCUUCAUAAACACGGACCGAGACGAUGACUAUGCAGGCUUUGUAUUCGGGUACCAGUCCAGUGCUCGUUUUUAUGUGGUGAUGUGGAAGCAGAUCACUCAGACGUACUGGUCCAACACACCCACCCGGGCCCAGGGAUACUCUGGGCUGUCCAUCAAGGUGGUCAACUCAACCACAGGCCCUGGGGAGCACCUGAGGAAUGCGCUUUGGCACACCGGCAACACCCCAGGACAGGUUCGCACACUGUGGCACGACCCCAAGAACGUGGGCUGGAAGGACUUCACUGCCUACAGGUGGCACCUGAUUCACAGGCCCAGGACCGGACACAUCAGAGUGGUAAUGUACGAGGGCAAAAAGAUCAUGGCGGAUUCCGGAAGCAUCUAUGACAAGACGUACGCGGGUGGAAGGCUAGGCCUCUUCGUCUUUUCCCAGGAGAUGGUGUACUUCUCAGACCUCAAAUAUGAAUGCAGAGAUGUAUAACUGCACAAAUGAGAAGCUCUUUGAAGAAAGCACAUUUCUGUAUUAAUAUGAGUAUGUAUUUUAAAAAUCCCAGGGACUCUAGCUCUGUUCCUCUCUUCCCUCUGACGUGCACAUCAGUGGAACAGGGUGCGAUCAGCUUCCAGGUAAAUUCAUGUCGUUUCCAGACAGAAACCAGUUGGCUGACAGUUCAAGAUAAGGUUCGCCAUUAACCCCAGAUAAAAGAGGAUUUGCUUUUGCUUUGCUCAAGUGAUAGAUCGACCUCUGCAUGGGAUGGUCUCCCAGCAAAACCCUCUGCACUUCAAAAGCCUUAAGAUAAUCUGCCUUACUGGAGGUACUAAGGAAAGACUGACUAUCUUCUUCAUCAAAUCUGCUGUGAACUCAAAUUCAGAACCAAUUUAAAAUAAUGACUCUUCAAUAAUUUACUUCAAGGAUGAAGAAUGCUUUUCUCUUUGAUUUCAGAGCAAUGUUUCACACCGUUGGAAAGUGAUUGUUAAUGGACAUAUCAUGGUGUAUUUACUAUGGAGACGUGUGUCUAUUGUGCGUGGCUGCAUGUGUGUUUGUGUGUUGAGGUUGCUACCUUUCAUUCGUAAAAAAGAGAACUUUUUAUUAAAACAGUGUGUAGUUUAAAAAUCCAUUAGCAUUUUACUGAGCUCCACUUGAUGUACUCACUUCCAGAGAAGUUCAUCCAAGAUCACCCUUGGGAAAGUAAAAUAGGAGCUAGAAAUUUAACCCAGUGUAUUUAGUUGAAAAUGGGCAUUGUGAAGCCUCAAACAAGGCCUUGUUUUAGACCAGUGUGGCUUUGGCAGUGUUGCUGAGCUCAGUGAACACUGAAUUCUCAGGGUGAUAUGAGAUAUCCAGAUAAUCAGCCACAGGAGUUGACAAAGUAAGAACCUACAAGCAAUGCGUGGAAGGUAUGGUUAAAAGUGUAUCUAUAUGUGCGGUUGAUUGUCCUUUAUAACAUGUAAUAAGGUUAAUGUGCAAAACUCGACGGUUCUCUCUUCCAGCCCUCAGAGAAAAAAAAAAACAGAACGUCUCACUGUACUUACCCAUUGCAAUUUAAUUUAAUGCCGAAUUUCAUAUCAAUAUGUCCUACCUCUUCAAAAACUGUCCUGGUGUAAGAUAGCUUGGAGUGUCUGGAACAGCAUGGAAUAAUUCAGCCCUUGUGUAAAGAAGCUGGAAGAAGAGAAAACAAUGUUUUUAAAAAAUAAUAAUUUAUUACUUUGUUUAUUUGUCUACGUUGAGAAGGGGAAUGAGGGGGUGUAACAGGUGUCUCAUUUGUCUAGAGAAGACUAGAGUGACAGUUUGAGAGAUUGUAAAUAAGUGUAUUUAUUGCCUUUGUCGUCUGUUGAUAGAGACAACACUAGAAGAGUUUUUCUCUUUCCCUUUCCUGUAUAAAAAAAGAUUCCCCACUGAGAAUAAUGAAAACUGGCAAUAAUUGAGUACUUUGUUCUAUCACCGUCUUCCAAAACUGGGCCAAGUGCUACAAAAACAGCAUGUCUUCAGAACAGUAUGCAUGUGUGUAUGUUCAUAUGUGUUAGGAGAAUACCAUUUUGUAAUAAGAAAAUUUAAAAAAGAAAUACUUUUGAUGUACAAAUAUUACCUCAUUAUUUUUGUAUAAUUUGAAACAAACAAAACAAAGAAAGUACUCAUUUCGAUAUAGCAGCAGAAUAGAAAUUGGUAAAUUUUUAGUUUUAUCACUUUUUUUUAGCAGAUCCUCUAUUUUAAAGCUGUAAAUAUAUUGACAUAUGUUUUGUAGUAGAGAAAUCUCCUAACAGUAUAUAAACUGGAUUGGGAUAAUUUUUAUAAAAAUAUUUUUGUCCUAUGUGUGUCCAGUGCUUUUGUAAUGGAUAAAUUAUUGUUCAGUUUGUCUUAUGCUUUUUGUAAGAGGUUAUUGUCCAUGUAGAUAAAAGAUAUUUAAAUAAUUUAUCAGGAAACAUGACCUGAAGUGGCCAGUGUUUCUGUCUGUAUAAACUUUGCACACUGACGUGAGGAUGUUUUGUUCUUUGUUUGUUUUUUUGUUAGUUUUUUAUUUUAUUUUGCUUUUUUAACAAUUAGUGCUUGUCUGUAAACAUCUGCCCUAGUUUUACCGUACAAAAAAUGUUUUUUAUGCAUACCAGUUAUUUUGUAACAUACAUCUGAACAAUAAACAAAAUUGUAAAGCCUC